AUGCAAAUCAAGUCUGCGAGUAACUGUGCCCUCAAAAUCUUUGGCCGCAAUAUUACCCCAAGUGUGAGAUCAACAGGGCUCAAUAGAUUUGUCUCAUUAGGAUCUUACAGCAGCCAAGGGUUGGCUGAGCUCUCUUCUGUGCAGUCGAUAUCUGCUAGAGAUCGCAGGACAUUCUCCACAACAGCAAGACAACAGAUCGCAUCAAAUAUGACUGAAUCAACACCUCUCCGAUACGUUGAUAUCGGUAUCAACUUGAGCGACCCCGUUUUCCGUGGCGAAUAUCACGGAAAGCAGGCCCACGAGGACGAUCUUGACGAUGUUGUCCAACGUGCUCGCGAUGUAGGUUGCGCGAAGUUUAUGGUCACGGGUUCAGAUCUCGUUGAGUCGAAGCAUGCCGUGGAAAUUGCUGCCAAAUAUCCGGGCUUUUGCUAUGCCACCGUUGGUGUGCAUCCAUGCCAAGCAAAGCUCUUUGAUGAGUACCCAGGCGGCCCAGCAAAAAUGCUGGAGGAGCUCCGCGCACUAGCAAUCGAGUCCGCACAAGCCGGCCAUGCCGUUGCAUUCGGUGAAAUCGGCCUGGAUUAUGACCGCCUGUUCCUGAGUGAAAAGGAGCCUCAGCUCAAGUAUUUUGAAGCCCAACUAGACCUGGCAGUUGAGAUCCAGCUUCCUCUAUUCCUUCACUCCCGGGCGGCGAGUGAGGACUUCGAGAGACUCCUUGCCCCAAGACUCGCCAAGCUUCCCAAGCGUGGCCUUGUUCAUAGUUUCACAGGAACCAUGGAUGAAAUGAACCGGAUGGUGGCACUGGGCCUUGAUGUCGGUGUUAAUGGCUGUAGUAUGAAGACGGAGGAGAAUCUGGAGGUUGUCAAGGCUAUUCCACUAGAUAGGCUCCAGAUCGAAACCGAUGGACCAUGGUGUGAGAUCCGUCCUUCGCACGCAUCUGCCAAGCACCUCGGGGGCGCACCAGAUCUGCCGAAGGCCGUGAAGAAGGAGAAGUGGCAAAAGGGAUGUAUGGUGAAGGGUCGAAACGAGCCUAUCGCCAUCGCCCGUGUUGCUCACGUUAUUGCUAGUGUCAAGGGUAUCACUGUGGAGGAAGUUUGUGAAGCUGCUUGGAACAACUCCAUUAGGAUGUUCGGGUUGGGCGAGGAAUCGCCUUGA